AUGAGUUCUGUAACAUCGGUCGAUCCGCUUGACUCGCUCAGUCCAUCCAGUGGAGAAGAGGACGUCGAUAAACAGAAUAACACCGCUAUAACAUAUUCGCUUCCACACUCCCCUUCGCUGGUUAAUCGAUCCUGUCCUGGUCAAGCCACACCAACCAUAUCAAAUUCAUCCUCUUCUGUUUCUUCCGUCCAUUCUUAUACCUCCCUAUUUAAGCUUAUUGACUCCUCCCUCUUCAACUGCCACUAUGCUCUGUUCUACCUUUUUAAACCUUCGGGCACUGAAGUCUGGGAAUAUUUAGCCAAGCGUCUUUUCGACUUUCGGACAAGUGAAGUGGACUUUUAUUUCCCCCAAAUUCUAAUCCUUUUCCAGCGGUCCGAGGAAGGUAACCGAUGUCUCCUACCAUAUCUCUCCUAUCGGUUAGUUAUUUAUUUCUUUGUAACUUAUUCAACAUUCCGUUUUGUGUGGCAAUGGUACUGA